AUGGACAACUACUUCACUGCUGAGGAAUUGUCUGGGGUUUCAGAGAUUGAAGAUGAAACUUUCCCCGAGAUUGAUUUUACAGAAAGUCCGUCACAGUCUUACAGCAGCCCCAUAAGCCCCAGGUCCAGUCCUCGUCCUCAGAAGUCUGAAGAGCAGGAGUCUGUCUUUCCUGAACAAGUGACUCGGGUCUAUGACGGACCUUUGAACGGAUCAGUAAAAUUCGUGACUCUGACUUACCCCACGCCGGACUUCUCUAAGGUUAAGCCCAGGGUCCUUCUCCCCAAAGGCGAUUACAAGCCUCCUGUGAGCAGACGCUCUUCCAGGAGGGAAUCCCCGUCCUUCAACACAAUGUAUAUGUCUCCUGCUGACCAUGUGAGGGAAGUACUACUGAGCACCUCCGACGGAUCCUCUCACCCAUCUGCCCCCAACUCCACUGCGCCUCAGGACUUCAGAUGCCGGCAGGAGGCCAUCACACUGGUCGAGCAGCUACAGGAGGACCACAACAGACUGCUGACUAAGCACGCUGAGGCGCAUAACACCAUCGAUGUUCUGCAAAUGAAAGCACAGAUGCAGUCACGACUGAGCCACGACUCCUCAAAGGUCAUGACCUUGGACUUUCCUCGGGCUCAGAGAACAGAGAUCAACUCAGGUUUUAUUCAUCCAGACGGACACUGCGCUCCUCCAAGCCCCUACGUGGGAGAGCAGCUGGCCAAGAUCCUCGACAUCCAGAUUGACAAGUUCCUCCAGCAGCUGCAGAUUUAUGAAGAUCUCCUGAAGAGAAAACAGCUCAAACCUUCUGAACAGAUCGAGGGCCUCGCACAGCUUAACGAGGGGCUGGACUCUUUAGAAAGGGGGUUCCUGUUUGCCAGGGAGGAGCACAAACUCCUGCAGCAGAGAGGAGAAGUGGCCGGCUACUUUGACCAAGAACGAGUGCUGGGGGGGCUGAUCUUCCAGUGUGGAAUGCGUAUGGAUGAGCUGAAGGAGCAGGUGGAGCAGAUGAGCCAGGACCAGCCCACCAGUGAGGCUCCUCCCUCUCCACCUCCUCAGCCCACCCUUUCAACUGUUUCCUCUUUAGAUUGGAGAUGGAGUCUCCCACAGAGCCCACAUAUGCCUCUGCUGGUGGAUUCAGGAAGUGCCUCAGAGCUGGAGGUGAGCCCAGCCAGUGAAGAAGGUGACGAUGAGGAGACGGACGACGAAGAAUCUCUGAAAUGUCAGUAUCUCAAACCUGAUGACCUAACUGAUCACUAUGGAAGCUUCCAGGAACUUCCCAGAACAUUAGAUUAUGACCUCAGGGAAGCAGAGAGAGAGAGGGUUCACAGUAGCAGCCUGAGCAGCCUUGGAGAGACUCCUGAAUCGGAGAAAAGGAACUCCAAUCUCCAACCUGGGAGCAGCAGAAACCUUUCUCAGGAUGGUAUCAUAUCUCCAGAGACGGACAGCGGGUUCAUUGGUUCAGAGCGCUGCCGUCCGACUCCCGCAUAUUGCCCCAGUCCUCUCCACCAGGGGGCGUCACAGAGCUUUUUAGUCCAUCAGGACGGGAACACAAGGACACCUCAGACCAUCUCAGGAUCCUCUCCUCCUUCCUCACCGAUACACCGGCACACAGCUGCAGAGUCCAGAGGGGCCUCCUGGGCCCUCAGCCCCGAACCGACGAGCAGAGGCCGACAGAGGAGGCGCGACUCCUCCUGCUCCCCACAGGGCUGGGUCGGUCAGACAGAGAGAACCAGGGCUGACAGAGGAGCCCGAGUGGAGAGUGACAGCACUUGCACCGUGUCUGAAGACGGACAGAGUAACCAGUCCUCCACCACUGCACCGAGUCACCAUGGCAGUUCUCCCAGAGCUGCACCAAGGACUCAGGAGGCCCAGGUCCCCAGACUGGAGGAGACCGUGCUUGUCCAAAGCAAUGAACCACACCUGAGUCCAGCUGGUGGCAGCAGCGAGUCGACCCCCACCUCAUCUACCUCCGGCUCUCGUCAAUGUCCUCUCUGUGGAUGUCUUCAGCCGAACAGAGACACUAAGACAGACUGUGACAGAGACUCCGCCCCAGGCACAAGCUGCCAAUCAGCUGAGUCCCCGGACAGAGCGGUGAGGAGAGGAUACCACGCAGCUCCUGCUCUGUCGCAGUGCAUGCUGGGAAGCUCACCACGUCUCUUGUCCUCACAGCCCGUCCACGUGUCUCCUGGCACACCCUUAGGAGUCAGAGGUCACAAGGAGGCGAGGAGGAGGACUAGACGCUACAGCUCUGUCGAUGGGCAGAUCUCCCAGGUCUUCUCUCUGAAUACCUUUCUGGACAAAGCCAUCCGUACGAUCAAACACAUGCAGCAGACCACCCGCCACAUGGCUUGCUCCCUGUCUGCUGGGAUGCAGUUUCAGUCACGGCGGAAUCAGUCCACUCUGCAGACGCUGGUCACUAGACUGGGUUCAGCUGCAGACACACAAACUGAAUGAAGGACGUCAGUAAAUAAGAAUCAAAAAGAAUCUGAAAUCUUCUUUGUGAAUUAUCUCUGGUUUCAACCUUCAGAGAGAAUUUG